UUAACUACCUCUGGGUUUUUUUAUAUUUUGCUAAACAAACCAAAAACAACUGAAAAUUUGGGGAAAAAAACGUUUUUUCUUAGUUUUUGUUUUAAAAUUUGGUAAAUAAGUGAUUUUUCUCCUUCACUGAUGUGCACUAAUGAGGCUGCAGUGAUGGGCACUGAUGGGCACUGAUAGGCACUGAUAUGUGGCAUUGAUGUGGUACUGAUGAGCACUGGUAGGUGGCACUGAUGAGCACUGACAG